UGUGUGUGUGUGUGUGUGUGUGUGUGUGUGUGCAGACGCGCAAUUGUGAGUGAGUCAGAGUGAGAGAGAGAGAGAGAGCGCGCAGGAGUGAAACAGAGAUAGAGGAAUCCAAGCUGACAGCUUCCCUAAUAGAGCAUGAUUAAUUCAGCCAGAGAAGCACGGAUUCGUUGGAAUACAGCAGCAUUUUCAGUUCGAUAUUUUACUGAUGAGGAUUGAGCAAAAAUGUCGACAGGAGAUCUGCUUUCGGAAGCAUGUUUAAACAUGGACCAUCGAAAAAACUUAAAAUGGUGGCUGCAUUUUUUAUUUCUUGCCCUACUUUUUGGCGUUUCAUCUGGAGAAGUGCGUUACGUCCUUCCCGAGGAGAUGCAGCGGGGCUCGGUGAUCGGCAAUGUUGCGAGGGAUCUAGGGCUUAAAGUGUCGGAGCUUAACGCUCGUCGGGCCCGUGUUGUUGCAGAGGGAACGAGCCAGCUGUGCGAACUGGACGCUGCGUCAGGCAAUCUUUUGAUCAGCCAACGGAUAGACCGAGAGGAGCUCUGCGCGCAAGCCAGUGUCUGCAUCCUACAGUAUCAGCUUUUACUCGAAGAUCCCCUUAAAGCAUUCAGCUUAGUGUUGGACAUUGCAGAUAUAAAUGACAACAGCCCAGUGUUCCCUGCAGGGGAGAUAACACUAGAUUUAGUCGAAUCAACUGUGCUGGGGAGGCGUUUUCCACUGGAGAGCGCACAUGACCCCGAUCUGGGAACCAACUCUAUCCGUGAAUAUAAACUGAGCCCGAAUGAUCACUUUACACUGGAAAUGAGUACUCAAAUAAACGGCAAUGCUUAUCUGGAACUUGUUCUCAAAAAGCCAUUAGACCGAGAGGCACAAGCUGAACAUGUAUUGAAAAUCAAUGGGAUUGACGGGGGGAAUCCAGUCAGAUCAGGAACUGCUUCUAUUCAUGUCCGUGUUUUGGACGCAAAUGACAAUGUCCCAGUUUUUAGUCAACGAGUUUACAAAGCCUAUGUGCCUGAGAACUCGCCCAUAGGGACUCUUAUAUCAACACUGAAUGCCACGGACUUGGAUGAAGGUGUCUAUGGAGAGAUAACUUAUUCUUUCAGUCACCUAUCAGACAAGAUAGGGGGUGUUAUUGAAAUCAACCCAAUGAGUGGAGAGGUCCGUGUGGCAGGUCCCAUUGACUUUGAAGAGGCCAGUACGCACGAGCUGGAUGUUCAGGCCAAAGAUGGAGGGGGGCAAGCCUCUCACUGUAAACUUAUAAUUGACAUAAUUGAUGUAAACGACAACAAACCUGUGAUAGAGAUUAAAUCAGCCUCUGCUAAAGUGGCUGAAGACUCUAGACCAGGAACUAUGGUCGCUCUGAUGAAUGUUUAUGACAUGGACACUGGGAGCAGUGGGCACGUCACGUGUACAAUUGCAGAUGAUGUCCCAUUUAAGAUUGUAUCAGAGGUCAAAAACUAUUACAUGUUAGUGACUGACGGGUUGUUAGAUAGGGAGUUUCAACCAGAGUAUAACAUCACAGUGACAGCCACAGAUGCGGGCUCUCCCUCACUCUCCACUGUAAAAGUUUUAACAAUUGUGGUUACUGAUGUCAAUGACAAUCCCCCGACUUUUACGCAUAGCGAGUACAAUGCCAACCUCUUGGAAAACCAACCUGUUGGCACGUUUGUGAUGAAAGUGAAAGCAGAAGAUAUUGAUGAUGGACCCAAUGCUAAAACUCUGUACCAAAUAUCAAGGGACACAAGCUCAGAUGUGUCCUCCUUCCUUACCAUCAACUCAGCAACAGGGGAGCUCUUCACUUCACGCCUCUUUGACUAUGAACAAACAGUUUACUUCCAAAUUAAGUUGACAGCUCAAGAUGGAGGAAGCCCCCCUCUCUCCACUACCUGCACUGUAAACGUUUUUAUCAAGGACCAAAAUGACAAUACACCGGUUGUCCUGUACCCUGUCCAAACUUCCGGAUUCAUUGCUGAAGAUAUGGUGCCAGUUGAAGCACCAAGAGGUUACCUGGUUACUAAGGUUGUAGCUGUGGACUCAGACUCCGGCCACAACGCAUGGCUUUCCUACAGAAUAAUCAAAGCAACGCAGCCUAACCUGUUUAUGGUCGGCCUGCAUUCAGGAGAAAUCCGAACUGUGCGAGCAUUCAUGGAGGAUGAUGAAUCAAAACAAUCUAUUGUGGUUUUAGUGACAGAUAACGGGCCUGAAUCUCUCUCUGCCACAGCUACAGUGAGCAUAGUCAUUGGUGAUGGGCUGCCUGUUUUAAACGAACUCUUUGAGUUUUCAGAUGAAUCACAGGACAGUGAUAACUUGACUCUCUAUUUGAUCAUCGCCCUGAUUGCUGUUUCCUCUCUUCUCAUACUUUUAAUUACUGGUGUGUUUUAUUUUAAGCUCUGUCGGCAGAGUUACGUUUACCGUUCAACCACUGCCAGUCUCCCCGUUUUCCCUACGGCCUACUGCCCCCCUAGUUUUGCAGAUUUUAGCCAUUGUGGGACCCUACUGAAAGAUGAUCGUUAUGACCCCUUUCUGACCACUGGGUCUUGGAGGGGCGAUUUUCGUUUCAGCUCAAACACAGACACAGACACACUAAAACAAAGAAGUGCAGCCUAUCAGAAAAACACCCUAAGGCGCACUAGUACAGAUAGAGCUAGUCUGAAGGUGAGGUCAGGUGGGCCGCAUCCAUGUUACGUUGUCACAUGAGAGUCCAACAAUACAUUUUGUAAAUAUGUUGUUAAAUAAUCCCUGUUUUAUGUUUUAAAUUCGGUCCCGUUGACUGUCUAAUAUAUACAUGGUUAUAUAGAAUUUUCAAAGAAAUGCAUAUUGUGGUAUUCUUUGCCUAAAUGGUGAAUGAUUGAAAUCAAAAGUAUUCAUGCAUGAAAAUGUUGUGAGUUAUGUGUUUAGUUAAGCUCUCUGGGUUUAACCUCAACAUUUCUACCCCAUAACUUGAUCUUGAUCAUAUGGCAAUCUUAACCUAUUGGUCUGUCCGUCCAAUAUUUUUUUUGUAUCACAGUAGAAUAAAUAAAGAAUCCUUAUCUGUUUUGUUUGUGAUCCCUUUCAUUGGUGAUCUUUAGUGAGGCCAGUUGUAUCUUCAUCUGUUCUAUUCUUCUUUUCUUUGACUUGUUAGUUGCCACCCCCCUCCCCCCUCUCUAUUAUAGUUUGUAUAUUUUCAGGGUAACUUAGUCUCAACUUUCCCAUAUCCUGUUAUUUAUGGUCUACAAAUGUCUAAGUUAAUAUAUAGAGUAUUUAUUUGCUCUUUAUUUUAAGUUAAAAGAUAAAUAUUGGAUUAAAUUGUAAAACAUAUACUGUACGUGUGAUUUCCUACAUUUUAAGUGCAUGGUCGACCUUUCUAUCACUGUAUAUUUUUAUCUUCUGAGAGCCAUACAGAAAAAGAUGGUCAUCACUUUUAAUCUUUUGCUUUGUCAGUGGAGUUUGGCUUUGCCUGUGUUUAUGUUUAGGUGUAAAACAAUAUAAACAAAACUAUUACUUUUUAAUCACAAAACAAUACAGUUAAGUUUGAUAUGGUAUAAUUUGUUCUCACAAAUUAUGAUUUGUUGUGUGACAGAGACCUACAAGAAGCUUUGCACUAUAUGAAUGGAACUCAACAAAAUGUAAACAGACUAUACUUGUAUGUUGAUAAAAAAAUAAACUUAAAAAUAAGA